GCAUGACAAACUAUUUCAACUUUGACGAUUUCAAACCUGACACAUCCAUAUCGCCAUCGGCGACAGUCUGUUCUUGCUCUUCUUCACGGUGGAGCUGGUCCUGCGCUGCAUGGCGUUCGGGGCGCGCCGAAUUCUGUUCAACUUCCAGUACUCCCUGGACGUGGCCGUGGUGUUGACCGGGUGGCUGUUCGAUGUGUUCUUUCCCCUGGCGACCACGGGGACCAUCACGGUGGCUGGAACGGACCAGAAGGGCGGUGUGCAGAGUGCGGUGAAGAUCCUCCGCGUGUUUCGGGCCUUCCGCGUGCUGCGGUUGCUGACCAUCUUCGAGCACUUGUGGCACGUGGUGCAGUUGUUCUUCUUCUCCCUGACCCCGUUGAUGUGGACGGUUCUGUUCAUCAUGAUCAUCAUCUUCCUGUUCGGGAUCUUUUCCGUCGUCAUCAUCGGGCAGAACGAUAGCAUGACCUACGAAGCGGACGACAACAACCCGGAACACGAGGAGGCGUUCGACAACGCGAAGUCCCUGUUCGGGACGACGCGGGACAGCAUCGUGUAUUUGUUCCAAAUGAUGACGCUGGACGGCUGGACGGACAUGGUCGUCCCCCUGUCCAACGACCACAUUUGGCCCUACUUCUACUUUCUGCUCUUCAUCUCCAUCUCCGCCCUGGGGCUGAUGAAUCUGGUCACCGUGACCGUGCUGGAAACGGCCAGCCGCCAGCAGCGGGAGGUGCGGCGCAACCUGGACAUUGACGAGAAAAUGGGGGAAAUCCAGGACCUGCUCCAGUUCCCCGGACAGGAGGUGGUCAACACGACGCGGACCUUCUUCAUCGAGAACUACAAGAAGUCGCUGGCGUUUCGCAAGGUGUUCGAAAAGCUGGACCUCACGGACGAGGACGCGGGCUACUUCUUCGACGCGAUGGACCUGGACAGCAGCGGCGAGCUCGACCCCUUUGAGCUGUCCACCACGUACAUGGAGUUGACCACCUCCGUGAUGAACUCCACGGCGUCCGUGGCCCUGAUUCGUUCCGCCAAUGUCCCGGAGGAGAAGGGCCGCAUCCUGAAGGCGACGAUGUUGCAGGCGCAGCAGAGCCGCUUCCAGGAGAUCGCGAAGAAAAAUUUCGACGACGGCCUCAAGGCCUCGUCGCGGGCGGCAGUCAAACAGAACGAGCAAAUGCUGGCGGCGCGCGAGGAUCGGGCGUCCAUGAGCGAACGGCAGGACAAGAUUCUGAACGAGCUCGCCGCGUUGCGUGAGGAAGUACAGGCCCUGAACUCGUUGCGGGAAGAGGUUUCCGCUAUGCGCAGCGGGGGCACGAUCAAAAGCGGCGGUGUCGUUGUUCCAGGGGGUACAAUGGGUAGCCAGCAUCCGUAUAAUAAUCUUCACCAGCGCCCGUUCCGGUCCUCGAGCCGGAGUAGAGUAGAUCCCGACCCGCAAUUUGACGCAGUGGCCAUGAUGAGCCAAACGUCGGAUGGAAAGAAAGCGCCGCGUGCAGUAUCCUCGGUCGAUUUAGUCAUCUAGAACUAGUACUUAGUCAACGAGGUGCUUCUGCUCCAGUCUUUCCAUGGUUUACCAAAACAAUUUAGGAACAGAUUAAUGGCACCAAGAACCCAUUCUCUUGAUUUGCCCUGCUCCUUCAGCGGUUUCUGAAACCCGACAUUAGCAAGCGGCUUUCCUUGUGUGCUAACGCGGCUUUUUCGUACUUACGCAGUUUUCCAGCGCUAAUAAACCGGUCUCCCCGAAGAUGUCAUAUGUCUUUUCAAACGCAAGCACAAUGUCUUGAUAAAAAAUCAGAAAAAAACGAACCAGGAAGGGCGUUGU